CCUACCUACCUCAGUUGUCCUUGUCCUUACACAGUCUUUUCAGCGUUUAAGCAUCAGCAGAGCGUUCGGUACCGAUCAUUCCCAAGUCCACAGUCUCUCUGAUUAUGCCGAAGCGCCUGAAACCCACAGCCGACAACUCUCACUUACUCGCAUAGUACUGCGAGAAUCCCACGAAUCCAAUAUUACUUCCUGCAGUCCCCCGAUAUGCCUUCGCGAAUGGUGGAGUCUACUUGGGACUUUGGUCACGCUCUGGCCCUUAUCGACGAUACGGAAUAUGAAGAUCCAGGCGGCGGUGAUCAAGAAGAGGAGGAGGCUACUGAUGUCAAGAGAGGGGCCCUGGGGGACUUUGGCAAGCUGUUCGAGCUCCUUGAUCACCCAGGCCUCCCUCCGGAGACCUCAGAAACAACCAGCGAGGAAUAUACAUCUGCGGUUGAAGAACAGAAAGUUCCUCAAUUAUUAUUAGACUUGUCGUCGGACCAAUCAGACGCCAGCGAGAGGCUUGCGCACACUGUACAGCUCUUUGGCGCCGCCAGGAGUGCCUCAACAGGUGGAGCAACAACAGCAGGUGUACCGUCUGCUCAGCCCGUAGAGGAUGUGACGACUAAGACGCAGCGAAGAAAGGCCAAGAAACGAGCACAAUUCGAACAGAAAGCUCUUGCGAAGAAUUACAUUUCUGACACCGAUGAGCCAACGCAGGUAGCCAACGCCGCUAUCACUCCGCUGCGAAGGCCCCUGAGCUUUCCCUCAGUUCCGCAGUCUGCUCCUCCGAAGCCAAGGACAACCCUGUUUCCUUCAGCUAUCCAAGGACCGCGGAACCAGACGAAGACACAAGCACUUAUUUCUGACUUUUAUGGAACCGGAAUGUUGCAAAUAGAGCAACGCCCCCAGACUCUCGAUCCUUUCCAGCGUGACACUCCAACGCAGGUUGAGGGGCCAGUCCCCAUUCUCAAUCACGCGUUUCUUGCAGCAUACGGUUUUAAUUUCGGUAUCGAUCGUCAUAUCCUCCUGGCAUCCAGAAUUCGACAGCGUUUCCCUCAAGACCAGUAUUGGCUCCUUGCGCCAAUGCAGCUUACUAUACCUAUGAACGGUAUUCAUGUGUUUGUAGACGCGUCGAAUAUCAUCAUUGGCUUCUACCAUGAAGUGAAGCGCUUACUCGGCUACCCGAAGGGUCUCCGCAACGAAGACCUGCAUAUUUCCUUUGAUUCUUUAGCGCUCUUGAUGGAACGGCGGCGCCCUGUUUCAAAGCGCGUGUUGGUGGGCAGUAAGCCCGAGCUACCUGCCUUCGAGACCGCGCGGAAGAUCGGCUAUGAAACUCACAUCCUCGAUCGAGUCCUCAAAAUCCGGGAACUCACCGAAAGACAGAAGUACUUCCAGCAGCAGGACCUCAGGACGAAGCCACGGCGGCGCCCCAUUGCUUAUGGCAUUAGCUCAGACAGCCCCUUUGAAACAUACGCCGAGCCGAAAGCACCGCAGCUUCCCCAGCAGGAGGAAAAGUGGGUCGAGCAGGGCGUCGACGAGCUUCUGCACCUGAAAAUGGUGCAGAGUCUGCUUGACGCGUCAGAUGAGCCUGGGACCAUCGUCUUAGCCACCGGCGAUGCUGCGGAAGCGGAGUACUCGGACGGUUUCAAGGAGAACGUCGAACGGGCGUUGAAGAAGGGUUGGAAGGUGGAGCUGUACAGUUGGGCCAAGAACAUCAGUAACGAGUACCGGAAACCAUCCUUUACGAAUAUGUGGAGGCCCGGACAGUUUCAGAUCUUUGAGCUUGAUGAAUUCGCUCGAGACCUGUUGGAAUGCUGAUUGAUAUGGGAUGGGGAUGCUGUGUGUGCUUGCUUAUGUAGCUUGUAGAGGCCGAAAGGUCUCGUUAUAGGCGUAGCUAGCUUGGAUUGUGGAGGGUAGGUAAUACUGCCUGAGGCGAUCUUGUAUAGCGAAAGCAAUGAUUCAGCACACUUUGAUCACAUUUCUCCCCGCAGUGUAUUGUGACGACACCGUCUGAGGUGGCUCAGCCUGUUUACUGAUCAUGCAAGCUGAUGACUUUCUGUCCCGUUUGAAGGCGUGAAAGUAUGUUGAGGGGCUUCAGACGGCGCUGGAGAGGUGUAGCUAGCUGCACAGAACUUCAUAUCAUUUAAAUG